CUGACAUACGAGUUUGGCGCCCUUUACUUCCAAACUAUUGCAACGCUUGUAAACAAACAAAUUGGACAUGGAAUCUAUUUGCUCCUCCGUGGAGAAGUUGUUUCCCUGUCGAGAGGCGGCCAUCGGCAUCUUGGGCGAGCUGAUAGGAGACUCCAAGGAGGCCUAUCCCUCGGCCAUUUACCUAUUCGGGCACAGUGGAACCGGCAAAACCGCUUUGACCAGAGCGUUUCUCAAGGAAUGCGGAAGAAAACAGAAUGUUCGGACAGCCCAUUUAAAUGCCAUCGAGUGCUACACCACCAAGAUCAUGCUGGAGAUCCUGCUGGACUCGUUGGCACCGGCAGAAGGGGAUGCGCUGAAGGCGGACAAUAUGCUGGAUUUCGUGGAGCAACUGCGUCGAUGGCACGGGCCUCAAGGUGCCGACUCCCAGGGAUUUCUCAUCGCUGUGGACAAUGGGGAACGCCUGCGAGACAUGGAUGCCAAUGUGCUGCCCGUGCUUCUUCGACUGCAGCAGCUCACCAGCUUGAAUCUGUGCGUCAUUCUGCUGUCACAGCUUCCCUUCGAGAAGUUCUACAACAAGACUGGCCUGAGUGAAGUCAUCAGCCUGCAUUUGGCGCAGUACAACAAGGCGGAAACACAGCGCAUCCUGGGAUCGGAUUUCGCGCAGGUGCGCAGUCAGCUUUUGGAGCAGUUUGCCCAGGAUAAGAAGCGCCUGGAGAUCUGCCAAGAAGCAGUGACCGAGGAGUUCUACAACAACUACCUGAAUCUCUUUCUGAGCGUGUUCUACAAGGCUUGUAGGGACGUGCCCGAGCUGCAGUUGACCGCCCGGAAGUGUCUGUCCAUUUAUCUAGAGCCUGUUCUGGAUGGCACUGUGGAGGCCACGGAUAUCUCCCGACUGUGGCGACAUAUAGCCGGUCCUCUGCGCUCCGCCCUCACCCAGAUCUAUAUGCGGAUAGAGAAACCGCCGGAGGAGACGGAGGAUUUCGCCGCCAUUGAGGAUCAGAGUGUUCGCAAGUUGGCCCAGUCGCUGGAGCUUCCCUACUAUGCCAAAUUCCUGCUGAUUGCCGCCUUUCUGGCGAGUCACAAUGCCGCCAGUCAGGACAAGCGUUUGUUCGUCAAACACCAUGGCAAGCAGCGCAAGCGGAUGCAGAUGGUUAACGCCAGAGCCAAGACCACCGAGAAAAUGUCCACCACGCUGGGACCCAAAUCCUUUAGCAUCGACCGUUUGCUGGCCAUUUUCUACGCCAUUCUCGAGGAGAAAGUGGGCCUGACCUGCAACCUGCUCUCCCAGAUCUCAACGCUGGUGCACCUCAAGCUGCUCAGCUUCGUGUCCGGCGAGCAGAACAUCAUGGACGGCUCCGCUCGGCUGCAGUGCACCAUUGGCCUGGAGUUUGUGAUGCAGAUCGGAAAAGUGGUGGGCUUCAAUGUCCGCCAGUAUCUGUGCGACUUUAUGUAGCCUCCUGUUUAUUUUCAGUUUUUAAAUAUAUUCAAUAAAUAGUCCGGUACAUCA